CCUCCGCUUUGCAGCUUCCUUUUCUCUUUACUCCUCGACCUCCGGAACAAAGACAGAGACGGCUGCGGGUCGUGUCUGGGAGGUCGCCGGAGUCAGAGAACAAAACCCUAACCAUGGCCUCACCCGAAGCCCCUCUCUGUUACGUCGGUGUCGCCAGAAAAUCCGCCGCUUUCCGCCUUAUGAAACAAAUGGGAUGGGAAGAAGGAGAAGGUCUUGGGAAAGACAAGCAGGGGAUCAAAGGUUAUGUCAGAGUCAAGAACAAGCAGGACACUACUGGUGUUGGUGUGGAGAAGCCUAACCAAUGGGCAUUCGAUACGACCCAAUUCGAUAGUAUCCUCAAAAGAUUGAAAGUUCAAGCAGCGCAACCCAGCGAUGAAGUUGCUGAGCCGAACGCCACUCAAGAGGAAAGUGAUACUGAAUUGCCUAGUGAUGUUAAGGAACCUGUUGCCAAGGCUACUCGCCCACAGGGAAGAUAUAAGAAAAGAGAACGAGGAAAGCUUGUCAAUGCAUAUUCUUCUAAGGAUAUUGAAGGAAUCCUUGUCAGAAGGGCGGCGUCUCCAGGGAUUAAUUUCGAUCUGGAUGGAGAAGUAGGGUCAGACAAGGCAUCUGAAAUUCAAGUUAUAUCCCCUGAAGGAGAAGUAUGCAAAGAAAUUCCUCUAGAUUGGUGGGGCCAUAAAUAUGGGUUUAUUCGCGGAGGUUUGCUUGGAGCAGAGAUGAAAAGAAGAAAAUUAGAAAUAUCUCAAAAUGGUAAUGAGAGAAAAAUGUUUCACGAGGAUGAUCAAGUAAAUCUUUACAAUCUUGUUCAGGAUAAAUCCACAACUGGAAAGCAAGGACUAGGCAUCAAGGACCGGAAAAAGAAAGUAGCUGGUUGCUACUUUGAGGGAAAAAAAACUUCAUUUAAUGAUAGUGAUGAUGAAGAUUCUGCUGAUCUUGGUUCUCCUGUGAAACAAAAAGGAGAUGAAUCUUUGAAAAUGGAAAGUAGCAACGAACCAAAACUGAAGCUGAAAAAGCUUUGUAAACAGCUCCUUCGUGAGGCAUCUGGAGAGUCAUUGAAGCUGAAAACGUUGAAAGCUUUGAUCGAUGAACAUUCAUCUUCUGUUUUCUCCAACUUUUCUUCAAAGAGAGAUGCUCUUGCUUACUUGAGACAAAAGCUGGAAGGCAGCAAAACUUUUGUGGUGGAAGGGAAAAAUGUGAGUCUCCCAUUGAGGAGGGGCUGAAGAUUUUGUUAGAAAUAUUGAGGGGUCAUUCUUUUCCUUAGCCGAUUUUGAGACUUAAGCAUCGUGAUCUGCACAUUGCAGAUAAGUCGAGUUUAUAACCAAUAUCAUAUAACGAUCGCCCUUAGUACUGUUGUAGUAAUCAGUUGAAAGAAAAUCAAAGUGUCAUUUGUAGUUCUGUUGAUUCCAUUUCGGUGAGAGGAUAAGACUAUUUUAUACAUUAUUUCUGGAGUUGUUUUCACA